GUGGGACCCGAGGCGGAGAGGGCGCUCAGUGAAUGGGGGGGAGUUGCCUUCACGGAUGUGUCCUUGCGCUCACAAAACAGAGGUGUGUGUCUGUCUUUCAAGUGUUUGCAUCUACUCGAAGCAGUGAAGCCAAAGGCUACCCUUGGACGCGAACGCGCAAUCAUGUCACGAGCGUUGGACUGUGCAGCGAGAACAUCUGAAUAAUCCAUUCAGACGAUAAUCGGACUGUAAAGAAAUAAAGCAAUGGGUGGACAGAUAACUCGAAAUGCCUUCUACGACUCCUUCGGUGGCCCGUUCCCGUCCACAUCACACCGAUGCCACCACAAACCCAAGCGGUGCCUGCCUAUCCGUUGUGGGAGUGUCGGUGGGCCACUUUCAAUAAGUCCACUUCUCUUUCAUCCAAAUGCCAAGGGAUCACAAAUCGUCAUGGACCUUGCCCAGAAGACAGUCAAGAGGCAGGCCAGUUUCUGUAAUGCCAUCACUUUCAGCAACAGGCCCAUAGCGCUGUAUGAGCAAGUGCGCCUCAAGAUUACUAAAAAGCAGUGCUGCUGGAGUGGGGCUUUACGUCUGGGCUUUACCUCCAAAGACCCCUCUAGGAUAAACCCAGACAACCUACCUAAGUAUGCUUGUCCUGACCUGGUGUCCCAGAGCGGCUUCUGGGCCAAGGCUCUGCCUGAGGAGUUUGCCAGUGAGGGCAACGUUAUCGCCUUUUGGGCUGACAAGAAGGGCAGAGUUUUCUACCGCAUUAAUGAUUCCAGUCCCAUGCUGUUCUUCAGUGGAGUCCGCACAGCUGAGGCCCUAUGGGCCCUCAUUGAUGUUUACGGCCUGACCCGGGGAGUGCAGCUGCUAGACAGUGAGAUUGUUCCUCCCGACUGCCUGCGCCCACGCUCCUUCACCACGGUGCGUUCCUCUUCUCUACGACGUGGAGCAGAUGACACUCGUCUGUCUAUCAGCCUGUGUGACCUCAACCUGCAGCAAGAAAAUGGAGGCCCCACACACAAUCACUCCCACUGCCAUACUCUCCACCUGGCCUCAGCCUCCUCCUCUACUUGCUCCAUUCCCCAGAAUUCCCUCAACUCCCAGCAGUCCUCUCUCCUGCCAUCUGCCCUGGAGAGCGACCUGCACUUCCAUCAGCUGCGAGGCGUCCACAUUAAGACGCUGGACGAGCAAACGGUGGCACGAUCUGAGCAUGCACGCGAGGAGCGCACAUUGGUCUUCACCAACCGGCCCCUGUGCACUGGAGAGACUGUCUUCAUUAAAGUGACCAAAUCCAGCCCGGCACGCUUUGGCUCCUUGUCCUACGGUGUGACGUCCUGUGACCCAGCAGUUCUGCGUCCCAGUGACUUGCCCUAUAAUCCAGAGGCUCUGGUGGACAGGAAGGAGUUCUGGGCAGUGUGUCGGGUGCCAACCCCUCUCCAGAGCAGUGACAUCCUGGGCUUCUUGGUUAACCCAGAAGGAGAGAUCAUCCUCAGCCACAAUGGCACCAAUGUGGGUAUGCAGGUGUGUGUGGACAACUCCCGCCCACUCUGGAUGUUCUUUGGCCUGCAUGGGGCCGUGACACAGCUGAGGAUUCUGGGCUCCACUCAUCCCGGGGAUCCGCAGGCCACCUCAAACCCCAGCUCACCCUCCUCCUCCCCACAGACCCCCAGUGCCCUGGCCAGUAGCAGCUCUGAUCCAGUUCUGAACGGAGGCCUGUGCUCUGCAGCUUACUGCAGCUCAGCAGGGGGAACAACCCCAAACUCACCAGUAAGCCUCCUCAAGUCACCUACUUUCCCAACAGGCCGUGGGCCUUGGUCUGACGAGUGCUCCAUCUGUUAUGAGAACAUGGUGGACACAGUCAUCUACGCCUGUGGGCACAUGUGUCUGUGCUACACCUGCGGCCUCAAACUCAAGAAAAUGUCCAAUGCCUGCUGCCCCAUCUGCAGAAGACAGAUCAAAGAUAUUAUCAAGACCUACCGCAGUACAUAAGGGGGCAAGUGCAGACAGACAGGCAGCCUCCCUAAGAACAGCAACAUCUCAGAGUCAGGGGAAGAAAUGUCUAAGUUCAGGGAAUAUAAACUCUGGUACUUUGAUUUGGUAUUUUCAUACAUUUAUUGUUGGUUGGUUCUCUUGCAUGACCUUUUCCAAAGCCAGUACUGCUUCACUAGGAAGGUCUCUUUCACUUUCGAGUCACUGUCAGAGCCCUUCUGAGGAGGCGACACUUGAAGUGGCAGGGGUUCCAUUAAGAACCUUCUUCUUGCCACAGGUGUUUGCUCUCUCCUGGGGACUUUGGAGUUCUUUGAAAGACAAAGGAAAAAUCGAACCAGUUCCAAAACUGUCUCACAUGUUGAGCCACGUUGUAGGAAUUAGAGACUAUCACCCAUUUGCACAAAAGCAAAUGAAUCACUUUGGAGCUGAAGGUCUGAAUAAUUGUUCUUUUAGAGAAUAACUGAAGCUCUGGCAUAAGCUGCUGACUGGAUGCAUAUUUCUGACUUGAGCAGUUGAUAAAGAAGCACACCUCCCACAGGUAGUCAUCUCAGUAUGGCACAACUUGUGUCUGUGUGUUACUGAGCAUUGGCUAUGAGGAGUCAGUCUGGCUUCGUAAGGAUACAGUGAUGGAUUUCUGUAAUGUGAUGUGUGUAGAGAUGCAAGGUGGUGCUGAGUAUAUUAGGUAGGACUGUAACACCUCUUGUACCCGUAUGUACCUUUAUGGUAGUUCUAUUGCAAAUGUCAGUGGUAGCUAUAGUGUUGUGCUAGCUAGCUGCUUGCUCUGCAAUGUAGUAUGUUGCACUGAAAUCAGCACUGUCCUCUCAGAAAUGCCCCGUUACUGACAGAGAGGAUAAAGACAUUCAUCAGUUCAAACUGCAUCCAGCAAACUCAGCAGCUCUGAAUUCUUGAAAGGCAACAGGAAGUGGAAAAAAUUGAUUCAUUUGGAUUCUCCUCAGGGCCAGCAAUGUUCUUUUUAAGAAGAUAUGGAUAUUUUCCCAAAACUCUACCUAUAUAAGCAUGCCUAAAACACUGUGAGCACUCAUGACAAAUUGACAAAUAUAGCUCCUGUAACAACACAAAAAGUCAAGGAUUGUUGCCAUGGUAUCAGAAGCCACCACGGAUACAACACAGCCUCCUGCCUUAACACACAGAAGGUUUGUUUUUUUUACAUGAUGAUGUAUCAUAUUUGUUGCUUUCUGCCAUUUUCCAGCCCCCUGACAAAUGACCAAAUAACGCUGUUGUGUGGCACAAACUGUCACAAGACUCAGAGGAGACAAGCACACGUAUAAAUUUAAAGCUAUUUUUGUAAUAUCAAUCCAUGACAUUUCUCAUAUUUAACUAUUAAAAUCUUUAAUGUUUGUGACAGGAUUUUCACCAGCAGCAAAGAUCCUUUACAGAAACCAGUUCAGGGGCAGGGGUAUAAGGAGCUCAUAUUUUGAAUAUUUGUAUUAAUCAACCCCCCCCACAUAUGUCCUCAUACAAAUGUCACCUGUAAAUACUACAUCUCUGCAUUAAGCCAUAGCUUAUUACAGGAUGCCACACAAAGCUGAGAGGCCGUUUUGUCAAAUUACAUAUUUCAUUUUGUAGAUAAUCAACAAGUGGGGCUCAGACCUAUGCUGCUAUAGUAUUUGCCAGCUGUCCUUUGUGGGCAAACGCUGACAGUAAUGUUUCACAAAUCCCUCCUCCCACAUUACAGUUUGGUUACGCUACUGCUUGAGGUGUUAAUUCACAUUUGAAUGUUAACUUAUGUAUUUAGAGAAAUAAAUGAUUUUUAUUGGUGUGCUUGAAUUAAAAAAGAAAAAAAAAUCUUGGGCUGAUCUUUUUUUUGUUUUUUAAUCAUUUUGUUUGGAUUUAUAAUCACGAUUCUUAGAUAUGUUCUUGUUUUGCUUUGUUUAUCCAAAACCACCAGAAUCUAAAUUUAUUCUUGUUUUCUAACAGUGAAAAUAUAAAGGGUCUCUUGUACCUUGCAGCAAUAAGAGAUAUUGCAGUACACAAUCAAAACCUCAUUGCUUUGGGGUGCAAGAUAUACAGUAAAUUCUUGGUUUUAGUACAACCCCCUGAAUUUCAGAUGUUCUUUGGUUUGUAAUUUAUUUUCUUGAGCGUGAGCCCGUGUUAGGGAACCCUUCUCCCCACUUCCAUAUUUAUAGCUCUUAUUAUUAUAUGGUUUGAAAGCCAUCAUUGUAUGGUAAUGAUAAAUGUCACUUUAUAAAGCUACUGAUUGUAAACUUGUAAAUGUUUAGGCCAGUGUUGCUUUCUGAGAUUCAACCAUGGCUUGUUUUUAUUUUGUGCAGAUGCUCUGACCAAAUGAAAAAAAUCAUUGUUUUUUUCUUUUUUCAAAUACAUUGUAUACAUGUAAUUUCCUUGUGAUAAACCCUGUAUUCAAUCUGUGCUUUUAAAAAAAAACAUUUUCAUCCAUCAGUUUUGAACAGCAUGAAUUGAUCAUUUGGCCAAAGGUUGCCAUCUGUAAAUUAUUUUAUACCCAUUUUAAUCAAAGCCACUCUGCCAUUUAGAUUUUCUGUUGUGUUUAAGUUUGCAUUCAGAAUACUCCACAGGCUCCUUGGAUGAUACUGAUCCUGUAUUGUAUUAUUUAUUUGUCCAUCACUGAUGUGUGGACUGAUUCCUUCAAACCUGAUUUUCUUGUGUGUUUGUUUUCUUCUACAUUGCCACUAUACCAGUACAGCUGCUUGGGGUCUGGCCAGUCACACAGCAGCACAUGUAGAGAUUCUUUCUGUAGAUCUUAGUACUGUUUGUCAUGCAUGAGUUAUCUGUUCAUCCAGCGUGAACAUCAGGACCAAAAGUAGGCAGACUCCAGAGUGAAACGCCGUUAGUGUUCAUGUAAACUGCAACCACUGGCUAGAAAUACUAUAUAGCACUCUGUUUGGCCAUUGUUGUGACACAGCAGCUAAAGUAUAGUUGGCAGGUGUGUAUUUUCUUUCUUUUUUCAUUUGAAACAAGUGUUUGUUUGUGAGCUCUGUUCGGUGUGAGUCGGAUGAUUGUGGUUAAUAAA